GAGAGUCUCUCGGGAGGCUGGAUUAGCCACAAGUUGUGGUGAACCAGGGUAAAAUCGGUGUGCCUCUUACUCUUCUCUUUACUUCUCGUUUAUUCAUUUUUUUUAUUCCUGCGAUUUUUGAUCAAACGCUAUUCACCCCCCCCCCCCCUCUAGCAUUAGUCUCUUAUUCUAACAAUUGGUAUCAGAGCCUAACUCGCGUCCAAACUUAACCGUUUGAGAGUAAAGCGAUCAUGGGCUCUUCUUCUAGAAAUCUCUAUGCAGGAAUUGGUGAAGGUCAAUCAACUUCUAAGCCACCACUCUUUGAUGGCACCAACUACUCUUAUUGGAAGGAACGGAUGAGAAUCUACAUUCGUUCCACCAACUUCCAAUUGUGGUUGGUGAUCAAAAAUGGCGAAGAAAUCCCUAUGAAGAAAGUGGGAGAAACCACGGUCCCAAAGACCGAAAACGAAUUUGAUGCCGAGGACAUCAAGAAGAUUGAAAACUAUGCAAAGGCCAUCAAUAUGCUAUAUUGCGCGGUCAACCCCGAUGACUACCGAAAGAUCUCCUGUUGCACAACCGCCAAGGAAAUGUGGGACAAGCUUGAAGUGACGUACGAAGGUACCGAUCAAGUUCGCGAAGCCAAGAUCGAUUUUCUCACCCAAGAGUACGAAAUGUUCCGGAUGAAAGAAGGUGAGAAAAUUGAUGACAUGUUCGACCGGUUUUCAAAGAUCAUCAACGACCUUCAUGCUCUCAAAAAGACUUACACCAACAAGGAUCUCGUGAGGAAAAUCGUGCGAAGCCUCACACCCGAAUGGAGGUCAAAAGCCGAUGCAAUCUAUGAAUCCAUUGGAGUCUCCAACGUCACCAUCGACGGGCUAAGAGGUAACCUUAAAACCUAUGAAUCUACUAUUCUAACCCCGUCUUUGGAGAACAAAAGAAAAAGGGGAUAGCUCUCAAAGCCACCAAGGAACCGGUGGAAGAGGCUUCAAGCGAUGACGACAAUGAAUUCGUCUAAAACCUAGACUAAAACCUAGGAAUGAAAAUGGUCAUAGUAGACAACCUAAGAAAAAUGAUUUUGUGCAUAAAAAUGAGUUUUCUCAAAUAAGAAGAAAUAAUGCUAGAGCACCUAG